AGACGUGGCUCCCAGUGCGGAAGAGCUAUGCUGGACUUCGCGAUCUUCGCCAUUACCUUCUUGCUGAUGUUGGUGGGAGCAGUACUCUACCUGUACCCGGCUUCCAGACAAGCUGCAGGGAUUCCAGGGAUUGCCCCAACUGAGGAAAAAGAUGGUAAUCUUCCAGAUAUUGUCAGCAGAGGAAGUUUGCACGAGUUCCUGGUCGAUUUGCAUGAACGAUUCGGAUCUGUGGUGUCUUUCUGGUUUGGCAGGCAUCUUGUGGUUAGCUUGGGCACCGUUGAUGCACUGAAACAGCAUAUCAACCCAAAUAAGACUUCGGACCCUUUUGAAACUAUGCUGAAGUCAUUACUGAGGUAUCAAUCUGGUAGUGAGAGUGCAAGUGAAAACCAGAUGAGAAAAAAAUUAUGUGAAAAUGGUGUCACUAAUUCUCUGCAGAGUAAUUUUGCUCUCUUGCUGAAGCUUUCAGAAGAAGUAUUAGAUAAGUGGCUCUCCUACCCAGAGUCCCAGCAUGUUCCCCUCUGCCAGCAUAUGCUUAGUUUUGCUAUGAAGUCUGUUACACAGAUGGUAAUGGGUAGUACCUUUGAAGAUGACCAGGAAGUCAUUCGUUUCCAGAAGAUCCAUGGCACGGUUUGGUCUGAGAUUGGAAAAGGCUUUCUAGAUGGGUCGCUUGAUAAAAGUACAACUCGGAAAAAACAAUAUGAAGAUGCCCUUAAGCAGCUGGAAUCCAUUUUAAAGAAAAUCAUAAAAGAGCGAAAAGGAAGAAAGGAAAGUCAGCAUAUUUUCAUUGACUCCUUAGUACAGGGGAACCUAAGUGAACAGCAGAUCCUAGAAGACAGUAUGAUAUUUUCUCUGGCUGGUUGUAUAAUAACUGCACAGUUAUGCACCUGGACAAUCUAUUUUUUAUCCACCACUGAGGAAAUUCAGAAAAAAUUAUAUGACGAGAUAGACCAAGUUUUGGGGAAGAAUCCAGUUACUCCAGAAAAAAUUGAGCAGCUAAGAUUCUGUCGCCAAGUGCUUUGUGAAACUGUCCGGAUUGCCAAACUUACACCAAUCUCUGCCCGGCUCCAAGAUAUUGAAGGAAAGAUUGACCAGUUCAUUAUCCCUAGAGAGACCCUUGUCCUUUACGCCCUUGGUGUAGUACUACAGGAUCCUGGUACUUGGCCAUCACCACAUAAGUUUGAUCCAGACCGGUUUGAUGAUGAAUCAAUAAUGAAAACGUUCUCCUUGCUUGGAUUUUCAGGCACACAGGAAUGCCCAGAAUUAAGGUUUGCAUAUAUGGUGACCACAGUACUUCUGUCUGUAUUGUUAAGGAGACUGAGCCUGCAUUCUGUGGUGGGACAAGUUAUUGAAACAAAGUAUGAACUGGUAACAUCAUCAAAGGAAGAAGCUUGGAUCACUGUCUCAAAGAGAUAUUAAAAUCUUUGAAGAUCUUGUUAGGUCAAAAAAAAAAAAUAAAGAUCUUGUUAGGUCGAUUAAGGAAAUUAAUGGUUUAGAAGAUCUGUGAAUCCCUUUAAAGAUCAAGUAUCAUUUUGCAAUAUAAACAACUAUU